GGGGCGCCGUUGUGGGCCCGCCCGCUUCCCAGAGCGCCCCCCGCCCCAGCAGCGGCGGUGGCGCUCCGUAGGGCGUUGGCCGGGCCGUAACCCCCUGGGCCCGCCCGCUCAGUGACAUGUGCAUCUGCCAGCCCCAUGCCCGUGCGCCGGUGGCGCUUGGAGGUCCGUCUGGUGGGGCGCCAGCCCUUCCUUGGUUGGCUGGCAGACCCAAUGCGGCGCGGAUGUGUCUACCUUUUGUUCCCGUGCAAGGCCGCAGCCGGAUGAUUUACUUAUAUUACAACCAUAACGGGGGGUCUACUCAUCGGCUUCAGAACUUUUUGAAAACUUUUUGAAAACUUUUGAAAACAGAGAAAAGCGAUGACGCGAAACCACCAAGGUCCGACGCCCUUUUUUGGCGGCGUGCCGUCGUGUUUCGUGGUCAUAUAUGCUGACCGCUAAAAGGCGCGCGCGCUGCCGUCGGUCACACGUGAACCACGGGCGGAAUACUCUCCGCAGACUUGUAAUCUCUUGCGCGUUUGAACAGCGUGCCGCCCAAACAGGGCCGCGUCAUUGAUAUAUGUAGUCACGCAUGACAAGGCUUCGAUCCACCCCUUCGCGUUUCGCCUAGGGGCAAACGCACUCGGGUGGCCGUGCUGUUUAUUUGACCGAGGGACAAGCGCACUCGGGUGGCCAUGGGGCCUGCCCUCCUCCUUUUCGCCUGGCAGGGUCUAGGGUAGUUUAGGGCUUGGCCCUCCUCCUUUUCGCAGGGCUUGGGUUUAGGGUUUGGGGCUUAGGGCCUAGGGCCUCGGUUCUCAGGCGCAGCGCGCCGGCCUUGAGAAGCGUGUCUGGAGAGAUCCAGGGGGUGCGCCCCUGCGCCGCGUUGCGUACGUUUGUAAUUUGCACAAGAAAAAGUGGCGCAGCCGAAGAAGCAAACUCUGACUUCUGUUGCCUUUUUGGCGCCUGUUCUGACCCCAGGCACGGCGGCACGCUGCCAGAAAGGAGCGAGACUGUUGAGUCUUCAAAAAGUACAAAAGAAGCGCGACAGACACGAAGCAGGGUGGCACUGCCUGCGAAAUAGGCAAAGCUCACGGCUCAGGUUUGUUAGUCUUUGCGGCGCCGUGCCGUCGUGUUUCGUGGUCAUAUACGUUGACCGAUAAAAGGCGCGCGCGCUGCCUUCGGUCACACGUGAAUCGCGGGCGGAAUCCUCUCGGCAGAUUUUCAAUUUAUUACGCGCUUGAAUGGCGUUCCAUCCUGUUUCGUGAUAGAUUUUGACCCCGGAGCCGGGGCGAAAAGUUGGGUAUUUUGCAUGCGGCGAAUAACGUGGGUGGUAACUUUAUCCACGGCGGCACCGCGUAGGCAAAAAAACGCGUUUUUCCAACUUCUGCUCGAAUUCUGAGGCAAAGCGCGGGCUGUGCGUCCAUUUUGAAAAGUUUUUUUUUUGCACUUUUGCACUAUAUGCGAAAAACCAAAACCGAUGGCAGUAUGCCGCUUUUCUGGCCCUCAAGAAAACGAAUCCCGAGCUAAUUUCCGAAAAAAAAAACUUUUAAAAAACUUUUUAAAAACUUUCAUUUGGGGCACCAAAACCGUGCCGGUUUCAAGCAGAAUCCGCCGCGGGGAGCUUCGAGAAGGGAGGCCAGAAAAAAAGUUUUUUCGGGUUUUUUUCGGGCUCAUUUCGGGCUCACCGAAAUAGCACAGGAAAAAAGUCGCACUUUUUGGCCUCCGCCGUACCACCGUGCCAAAGUCAGCACUGCUCCAGCGCCGAUGGUAUGCUGGUGGUGUUUUUUUGUUAUUUUUUGUCAAUGCCGGCACUUUUGCGUCUGGGUCAAGCUUUUGGGUUUUUUGGUACUAAAAGUAGCUUGGGCGAUGAAGGAAAAGCUAGAAGCUGAGCUGAGUACUGGACUCUGGAUGAGUUGGAGUCGGAGCGCGAUGUUGGACGAUGGGGCAUCACUACGCUUUUUUCUCGGCCUGAUUUCGUGAUAGGUUUGGACCCGGGGCCGGGGUGGGCUGCUGUGUGUUUUACAUGCGAAGAAUACCGCUGGCGGUAGCAUUAUCUAUGCACGGCGGCGCGGCGUAGGGUAAAAAGCGCGAGCUCUCGACUUUUGCUCAAAUUCUGAGGCAACGCGCGACCUGUGCGCCCACUUCAAAAAGUUUGCUUUGCGCUUUUUCGCUGUAUCUGUAAAACCAGAAGAAACCGACAGCAUGGCGCCACUUUCCUGACCUUCAAAAAAAAACUCCCGAGCUGAUUCUGGGAAACAAAACUGUUGGAAAACUUUUCAAAAGCUUUCACUUGGGGCACCAAAACGGUGCCGGAUUCAAGCAGAAUCAGCAGCGGGAAGCUUCGGGAAGGGCGGCCAGAUAAAAAGUUUUUUCGGGUUCGUUUCGGGCUCACCGAGGUAGCACAGUGGGAGCUUGCAUUUUUUGGCCUCCGCCAUACCACCGUGCCAAAAUCAGCACUGUUCCAGCGCCGCUGUUAAUUAUGUUGGUGGUGUUUUUUGUUAUGUUUCGCCAAUGCCGGCACUUUUGCGAUGGAGGGGGUUCGUUGAGUCAAGCUUUUGGGUUUUUUGAUGUUUGGUCUCCCUCUUUGAUACUACGAACAGAAAGCAAAACUUUUCGGUCUUUUGCCUUGACCACGAAGCCCGCCGGUGUUGCAGGCUGAGCCACCAAGCUCGGCGCUGCCUCAACCUUCUCAGGUGCGGGCGUUUUUCACUGUGGCGGAGUGCGCAAACUGGGCACCCACGAAAAGCGCGGGACCCCAUCGGUCACACUGGAACCGCGAUGGCAUGCUGGGGCUCGAUCUCGUGUUGGCCGUGCAGUCAUUGGCCACGAAGUUGCGCGGCAGCUUCUUUGACGAGCAGGCCGGCGGGAAAUUCAAAGUUUUCGAAAAGUUUUUGAAAGGUUCUGAAAGUUUAGCACAGACCCCCCGUUAUGGUUGUAAUUAUAGAAAACUUCUUGCGUUUGCUAUUGCUUUCGUGCCUUUCUUCAUCUCCGGGAAGCAAUACUGUUGCCGGGUUCAGGUUCUUGUUCUGCGCCGCGGAGCUGCCCGUGCCGUUUCAUGUACGGAAAAGUUGGUAAAACUGUUCUGUGACGUCUGAGUGUGAGUUGUCAUGAGUCCUCUGAUGUGUGACUCUGGGUGUCCCCGUAGUGAGAAGUGUCCUUCUUCGUCUG